AUGGCCCUGACCCUGCGGGGCGGCAUCUCCGUGCUCCAUGGCUCGGAGCUGCCGCAGAUCCGUACAUUGCAAGAAAAGAGUGCACGAAGCAAGGCGGCAGAUAAACCGCUAGACACGCUCCCGAUGGAGGGACAAGUUCUGCAUAAGAUUGACAGAGAUAAUGAUGCCAUUGCAUUUGAAAAUAACAUCCAGCAACUGAGCCCAUCUGAAGAGGGGGAAGGAAAGGAAGUUUUUUCCACUGUUGGGGAAACAAAGAGUCAGAGCUGCAAAGGGGGUGAUGAUUUGUCAGAUUCUUUCAAUGAAAGCAAAGAGCAGGAAUAUCCAACUGCAUCAGAACAAACAGUUGUAAGAAAUCUCAAGAAUCUAAAAUUUGAGGCUUGUGCUCCACAACAGGAAAAAGGAGAAACAAAAAGUUUCAACUGUUUUUUCUGCACAUUCACCUCAGUCAGGUUAUGGAGUCUUAGGCGUCAUUUGAAAACGCAUUCGGAUGAGAAACAUCACGCGUGUCACCUCUGCCCCAAGGCCUUCCGUACAGCAGCUCUGCUGCAUAGCUAUGCCAGCACACAUACAGAGAACAAACCCCAUAAAUGCAGUGAGUGUGACACAGCCUUUGUGACCCGAGAGGAACUUGCACGACACAGGAGGUACAAGCACACUUUGGAGAAGCCUUUCAAGUGCACAAUAUGUGAAUACUCCAGUGUAGAAGCCAGCAAGAUGAGACACCACGUUCACUCGCACACGGGAGAGCGGCUCUACCCCUGCCACCUGUGCAGCUAUGCCAGCAAAGAUGCCCACAAACUGAAAAGGCACAUGUUAACUCACACAGGUGAAAAACGCUAUGAAUGUUACGUUUGCCAGGCCAGAUUCACUCAGAGUGGUACCAUGAAAAUCCAUGUGUUACAGAAACAUGGACAAAAUGUGCCAAAACACCAAUGUCCACAUUGUAGUGCUUUCCUUUCUUGGAAAAGUGAUUUGGAGGGCAUGGAAGGUUCUUUCAGUCUUUCACAAAUUGAAAUUGAUAUGCUGGAAGGAUGA